GUCGUCUGCUAGCCCGACGUUCCCUGACGUUUUUCCGCGAACGUUUGCGAAUUAUGCUGUGAGAAACGCCCCGCGUUUAUGUGACUGCUGCGGGUGAAAACGGAUCCGCGAUGCCGGGGACCGAAGACAGCACGACGGAGCUGGGAGAGAUAGAAAAUGUCAGGGUGGUGGUGCGAGUUCGGCCGUUGAGCAGCAAGGAGUUUGACACCCACUGCAAGAACAUAAUAGAGGUGGACGCUCUGAACGCCGAGAUCACCGUAGAGAAUACGAAUGCGGCUCACGGAGAGCCACCGAAGGUCUUUUCCUUCGACGCGGUAUUCGACACGGACUCGACCCAGGUGGACAUCUACAACGAGACCGCCAGGCCUAUCGUGGACAAGGUUCUGCAGGGCUACAAUGGGACGAUCUUCGCGUACGGCCAGACUGGCACCGGCAAAACUUACACCAUGUCCGGCGCCAAAACCUCUCCGCAGGCCAGAGGAAUCAUUCCAAAUACGUUUGCUCACAUCUUCGGUCACAUAGCCAAAGCUGACGAGAAUCAGAAAUUCCUCGUGCGUGCAACAUACCUAGAGAUCUAUAAUGAGGAGGUACGAGAUUUGCUCGGUAAGGAUCAGAAUACUCGAUUGGAGGUGAAGGAAAGGCCGGACAUCGGAGUGUUUGUGAAAGAUCUGAGUGGGUACGUGGUGAACAACGCCGACGAUUUGGAUCGUAUUAUGUCUCUCGGCAAUAAAAAUCGUGUUGUCGGGGCUACUGCCAUGAAUGUGUCCAGCUCCCGGUCCCACGCGAUAUUUACCAUUACGGUCGAAUCUAGUCAGAUCGGUGAAGAUGGGGAGCAGCAUGUGAAAAUGGGGAAGCUCCAUUUGGUGGAUUUAGCCGGAUCAGAAAGACAAAGCAAGACAAAGGCGACGGGUCAGCGGCUUCGCGAAGCCACUAAGAUCAACUUGUCACUGUCCACAUUGGGAAACGUAAUAUCCGCGCUGGUUGACGGACAGAGCUCUCACGUGCCUUACAGAAAUUCCAAACUGACUAGAUUGCUUCAGGACUCGUUGGGUGGCAAUUCGAAAACGUUGAUGUGUGCAAACAUUAGCCCAGCAGAUAUAAACUACGACGAGACUAUAAGUACUUUACGUUACGCGAAUCGGGCGAAAAAUAUCAAGAAUCACGCGAGGAUCAACGAAGAUCCGAAGGAUGCUUUGCUUCGUCAGUUCCAAGUUGAGAUCGAACAGUUGCGCAAACAGUUGGAGGAGAAUGGUGCGGAGCUCUCAGAAUCGGAAGAUGAAUCGGAGGAUUCGGACGAAUCAAGAGAAACGAAACGAGAUAAGAAGGCUCGACGUAGAAGGAGUCAAAUAAUGUCGGUGGAAGAAUUGGAGAACAGAGACACUGAAUCGACAGAGAAGGUCGACAAGGCCGAGAGGGACGAUAAGAGUCCAGUGGAUAAAGACGUUAUCGAACUGAAGAAGACUCAGACCGAGAAGGAAGCACUGCGAGAGAAGAUGCAGAAUUUACAGAAUAAAAUAUUAGUGGGCGGCGAAAAUCUGUUAGAGAAGGCGGAGGCUCAGGAACAAUUAUUAGCUGCCACAGCAGUCGAACUCGAGCAGCGGAAGAGCCGAGAGGAACAAUUGAAGAGGGCCAUUAAGGCGAAAGAAGCAGAACGCAUUGACAUUGAAGAGAAGUAUUCAUCUCUGCAGGAAGAAGCGGCUGGGAAAACGAAAAAAUUAGCGCGCGUGUACACGAUGUUGAUGUCCGUCAAGGCGGAGCUGUCCGAUCUGCAGCAGGAACACCAAAGAGAGAUGGAGGGACUUCUGGAAGGUGUACGGGGAAUCGGCAGAGAGCUGCAGCUGCAGAAUCUCAUUGUGAACCAUUAUAUUCCCGUUCAGUAUCAAACGAUGAUCAAGAGAUAUGUUCACUGGAAUGAGGAUAUAGGCGAAUGGCAGCUAAAAUGCGUGGCAUAUACAGGGAAUAAUAUGCGAAAAGCACAGACCGCAUCGCCGAUAGGGAAUAAUAAAGACACAAUGCCGCCAGACAUGUCGAACAUAUAUCUGUCUUACAACAUUGGGACAGACAAUACGUUUGUGCAACCGAAGAAAGUGCGAAGCCGUUCUGGCGUUCCCAGACCAACUACCGCACAUCGACGUACACCGCACUAAACACGAAGAUCUUCGGUCGUUGAAUCGCAGAGGUUUAUCUUUUCUCACAUUUUUGUAGAUCCAUUUUUUCGGAGACACACGCAUCCACGUUUGCGUGAGCAAACGUGCAGUAUAUUUACUAUGUACUCAUAUCGGUGUGAUUAGAUAAUACACCCGUUUUUCAAUAUCUUGUAUUACUUUUAUGAUCUCGAGAUCUUUUUUUAUACAUAUAUGUAACAUGUGAGAAAGAUGCCUAACAAUAUCGUGAAUACUGUUGAGAAUAUAAUUUAAUGCUAAUUAUAGACACAGUAGAUGAAUUCGAAACUACUUAAACGCAUUCUUUUCGAAGUCACUUUGGAGCACGCCAUAAGAAGUAUUUUAUCCAAAAAUAUUAAUUUUUUUUAUUUAUAACAUAACGUAGUAAGACUAUCCCAACACAUUUACAAAUACUAUGUUAAGAUAUUAAAAAUACAUUUUCGUGUUAACAAUAUGCGAGAGAGAUUACUCUGGUAACAUAGAAAAAUAAUGAGUCCAUUAGAAAAGUGAAAAAACAAUGCUGUACCUGUGAAACGAGAAAGAUUUGAGAAUUCCAGAAAAUCGAUGUACCUAUAUAAAAAAAAUCAUGAUAUCAUAUUUACAUGAUAUUUGUAGAUUCGAUUUAAGAUCCGACGUUCUUUUAAGAGAAAUUUAUUCUACAUUUAGAAAUUCUUAUAUCUUUGGUAGCUUUAUUCGCUUAUACUUACUCUCUACAUGAUUCCUUCGGAC